CUUGUAAUUGUAAGAAAUACUUAAGCUGGCCACAGCUACACAUAUUAAGCUAACCUAAAGCAAAGCUAGCUUCAAUACAAGCAACCAAGCUGUCUCUUGCUACCUACUACUAUUCCCCAUAUGCCCCCCUGCUGGAACCUCUGCAACACCACCAUUCUCCAUCUCACCCCUCUUACCUAGCCUAGCCCUAUUAUCCUCUCCCCACUUUUCUUUCCUUUCCUCUCUUUCACCUCUUCUCCUAACCUUUAUUAUGCAUUUACAUUUUUAAAGCUUAGAUUUGUUGCCUCUCCUUAUAUAUCUUCCUCACUCUCCUUAAAUUUUCCUAGAUUACAAUUUAUGCUGAGAUUUAUUAGACCCCAUUGCUUCUCACUAUCCCCACCUUAAUCUCCAUCCCUCUUUAAUCACCACUCCCUAUCCUUAUCUCUUUACCUACUGGCUAAUUUCUUUUAAGAUCGUUCAAUAUUAAGUGCUUAUUAUUAUCGAGUCUAAUUCAAUGGCACUGAAUGGUACUGAGAAGGAAAUGAGAAUGCCACCUGGUUCCUCAUGGUCUUCAGAAACCCUAGAUCAUGGUAACAACAAUAACAGUGCUACGGCUAAUCAUCACCACCACCUUUCUGAUCAGCAUCAUCAGGAUCUAACAGAUCGGUUUCAGGUUAUGCCUAUUUCUGUUGGAUCUAAACUCAAGUUACCCACCAAGUACCGCGAGUGCCUCAAGAACCAUGCGGCCACCAUCGGAGGCCACGUCACCGACGGCUGCGGCGAGUUCAUGCCGAGCGGGGAUGACGGAACCCUAGAAGCCCUCAAAUGCGCUGCAUGCAACUGCCACCGCAACUUCCACCGCAAAGAGUCGUGUAACCCUUACGCCGCCGACACCGCGGACUUCGCGAGAACCAACGCCGUCCACCCGCUCCCCCUCCCGCUCCCCGCGCCAAUGCCGUCGCCGUCGGCGAGCAGACACCGAAACGUCCACACGCCGCUCAAUAUGCAUUCCAACCACUGGGCCCCCGUGGCCCCGCCGGUGAAGAUGGCGUUCGGGAGCGGAAGCGGCGCCGCCACGGACUCUUCCAGCGAAGAGCUCAACUUCAAUGCCGGCGGGGCCGUGGCCCCGCCCUACGGCUCCUCCAAGAAAAGAUUCAGAACAAAGUUCACACAGGAGCAGAAGGAGAAGAUGAUGGAGUUCGCCGAGAAAGUCGGGUGGCGAAUCCCGAGAGAGGAUGACGCGCAAGUACAAAGGUUUUGCGGCGAGAUUGGAGUGAAGAGACAGGUGUUUAAGGUUUGGAUGCAUAAUAAUAAGAGCACUUCUGCUGUUUCUGCGGCUCCUGCUCAUAUUGUUAACAUUGAUGCUUCUGCUGCGGCUGCUGCUGCUGUGGGUGGUGGUGAGGUAAUGAAAGAUAAGCAGGUUCAAGACUCCACUUAUGGGGAUUGAUGAUGGAGCUAGCUAGAGCUAGAGCCAGAGGCAGAGGUACAGCUGCUCAUGCUUUGAUUCAAGUACACCUCCUAAUUAAUCUAGCUAGCUUUAAUUAAUUGGCUUAUUAUUUGCAUUAUUCGGACAGAUUAAGUAGGGAUGUCGUCUGUGUUAAUAGAGAUAAUCUAGCCUAGCUAGUGUAGAAGAAUGUUUCAUUUUAUCAUGUCCUGAUACUGUUGAUUCCUUAAUCAGAUUAAUUAUUAGUGUAUUAA